GGGCAUGGCCGGCCUUUCUCGCGUUCUGCGAGGGGCUCACUGAGCCCUGGGACGCGGGUUUGGGGCGUGAGGAGGCGUUGCUCUGGGGCCUCAGCUGCCGCGCACAGGAGGAGAUGGCGGCACGCUGGAGCAGCGAGAAUGUGGUGGUGGAGUUCCGAGACUCCCAGGCAACAGCCAUGUCUGUGGACUGUCUUGGGCAGCAUGCAGUGCUUUCUGGCCGCAGAUUCCUGUACAUUGUUAAUCUAGAUGCCCCUUUUGAUGGUCACCGGAAGAUCUCUCGCCAGAGCAAAUGGGACAUUGGAGCUGUGCAGUGGAAUCCUCAUGACAGCUUUGCACAUUACUUUGCAGCUUCGAGUAACCAACGGGUUGACCUUUAUAAGUGGAAGGAUGGCAAUGGGGAAGUUGGUACAACUUUACAAGGUCAUACUCGAGUAAUCAGUGACUUGGAUUGGGCAGUGUUUGAUCCAGAUCUUCUGGUUACCAGCUCUGUGGACACCUACAUCUACAUUUGGGAUAUCAAAGACACAAGGAAACCUACCGUUGCACUGUCUGCUGUAGCGGGUGCUUCCCAGGUCAAAUGGAAUAAAAAAAAUGCUAAUUGCUUGGCCACCAGUCAUGACGGGGAUGUGCGGAUAUGGGACAAGCGGAAACCCAGCACAGCAAUGGAAUACCUUGCUGCCCACCUCUCCAAAAUCCACGGACUGGACUGGCACCCUGAUAGUGAGCACAUUCUCGCCACCUCCAGUCAAGACAACUCUGUCAAGGUGAGUGGUACCCACUGA